GGUGUGCGGUUGCGCGGUGGGCGGGACUUCCGCCGCUGGUUGAUUAUGUGUGGCUGACGCUCGGAAGUGACCCAUGUGUCUGAGCUGCACCAAUACACCAUCACCGGAUCGACCCGUUUAACUCCCGUUGUGCGUUUCUUGCAGUCUUCAUAGGUUACUCACGACAUACCGACUCGUGUCAUCUGAUCAUGUCUAAAGACACGGAGGCCAAGAGCGAGGAGAUUAUGGAGUCGAAGGUGCUCUGGUACCCGGACUCUAAACGAAACACACAAAUGGACCGAUUCCGGACUCAAGUGAACCGGGACUUCGGGGUGAAUCUGGCUAAUUAUAAUGACCUGUAUCAGUGGUCUGUGGACAGUUAUCCAGAGUUCUGGGCACAGGUUUGGAGAUUCUGUGGCAUCACUUGUUCAAAGAUGUAUGAGGAGGUGGUUGAUGUGUCUAAAAGGAUAUCUGAUGUACCCGAGUGGUUUAAAGGCAGCAGACUGAAUUAUGCAGAGAACCUGCUCAAACACAAAGACCAAGACAAAGUGGCUCUCUAUGCUGCAACUGAGGCAAAAGAGGAGAUCGUCAAAGUGACUUUCGGAGAGCUGAGGCGUGAUGUCGCUCUCUUCGCUGCUGCCAUGAGGAAGAUGGGCAUCAAAAUUGGAGACCGGGGCGUAGGAUAUCUUCCCAAUGGGAUUCAUGCUGUUGAGGCUAUGCUCGCUGCUGCCAGUAUAGGUGCCAUCUGGAGUUCAACCUCUCCAGAUUUCGGUGUCAAUGGAGUUCUAGACCGAUUUUCUCAGAUCCAGCCCAAGUUGAUAUUCUCAGUAGCAGCUGUUGUGUAUAACGGCAAGCAGCACGACCAUAUGGAGAAACUCCAAAACGUUGUUAAAGGUCUCCCUGACCUGAAGAAGGUUGUGGUCAUUCCAUACGUUCGCUCUCGACAAGACACUGACCUCUCCAAGAUUCCCAACAGCGUGUUCCUGGAUGACUUCUUGGCCACGGGUAAAGAAGGGGAUCAGGACCCUCAGCUGGAGUUUGAGCAGCUGCCCUUCUCUCAUCCUCUCUUCAUCAUGUACUCUUCUGGCACCACAGGGGCUCCCAAGUGCAUGGUGCAUUCUGCUGGGGUGAGUGUGUGUGCGCACACACUGAAGACAUUGUACAGAACGGGCUGGAUGAUGUGGAACUGGCUGGUGUCCUCUCUAGCCAUUGGGGCUUCUGUGGUCCUGUACGAUGGCUCCCCUCUUGUUCCCAGUGCUAAUGUGCUCUGGGACCUUGUAGACCGUCUGGGAAUCACGAUUUUUGGGACUGGAGCGAAAUGGCUGGCUGUGCUGGAGGAGAGAAAUCUGAAACCUGGUGAGCUGAUGUCUGAUAUUGAAUUUCUCCACAAACCUGUGAGAUGUUCGUGCCUUGAAGAUUUUGAUCAACUGUAUAUUAACAUCUUUAAUAUUCCCUCAGGUGGCACAGACAUCAUUUCAUGCUUCAUGGGUCAGAACAUGGCGGUGCCCGUUUACAGAGGGGAAAUUCAGGCCCGAAAUCUGGGCAUGGCCGUGGAGUCCUGGAACUGUGAAGGUAAGCCUGUUUGGGGUGAGAGCGGGGAGCUGGUGUGUUUGAAGCCCAUCCCGUGCCAGCCCACUCAUUUCUGGAACGACGAGAACGGCAGCAAAUACCACAAAGCCUACUUUUCUACCUUCCCAGGACUCUGGGCCCACGGUGAUUACUGUAAGAUAAAUCCAAAAACGGGAGGAGUCGUCAUGCUGGGGAGAAGUAUUGUGGAAGCCUUUGAGGAAGUUUCCGACAGCCUUUGUGUCCCUCAGUACAACAGUGAUGGAGAGGAGAGGGUGAUUCUGUUCCUGAAGAUGGGACCCAAUAAGAGCUUCAGUCAAGAGCUAGUGGGGAAGAUCCGCAGCGCUAUCAGAGUAGCUCUCUCUGCACGACACGUACCAGCCUUGAUACUGGAGACCAAAGACAUCCCGUACACUAUCAGCGGAAAGAAGGUCGAAGUCGCAGUAAAGCAGGUGAUCGCAGGUAAGGACGUCACUCAGCGAGGGGCCUUCUCAAACCCAGACUCCUUGGACCUCUACAAGAACCUACCUGAACUCCAGAACUUCUGAGCGCUUGCGUGAGGUACAUCUGAACUCCGGAAAGUCCUACGUUUCUGGGUGCCUUCGAAGGGUUCAGAUUCUCUGGACACCUGUUGGAGCUUUGGACCAUCUGGAGGAAUUUCUAGAGCUUUCAAACAUCAAAGUUCUUAGUUUUCUCUGCCUGUUGUGGCACACUCGGCUACCUUUUGGAACUGAUGGAGUCUGUACAUGUAGCACUUCCUCAAAAGUGUAACUGGUUCCUCUUGGAUCUCAAAGGAUCUUAUCUGCUUCUGUUAUUGCGUCCACCAAGCGUUAUAUUUCCAAGAGACAUACUGAACUCCCAAGUAAUUCACAAAUUAUUUGUCUUUAUCUACCAUGUCAGUCCCAUAUCCUCCCUCUCAUUUUUUGAUACAAUGUCACUUUAAUCUUAAUGAAGGUUUAGGAAAAUCUGUCCGUGAAUCUUUUGAAGCUCUAAAAUGACACUUUAUUCUCAUAAAUCUUCAGGAAUCAAAUACACAGAUUUGUUACUGAACAUUGUGGAUUUAAGGUUAUUUUUCUUGUGGUAAAGUUGGGAGCCAUUUCUCUAGUAAUACUGACUUUUUGGGUCAAACCAACUGCUAAGUUUCCAGUUUCCAGAUUACGACCUGUUGCCGUAAUAAAAUCAAUGCAACUUGUGUCAAAUUUUCCCCUAAAGCCUGACUUCCUGUCUGGAAACAUGAAUAUAUUUAUAUUUUUAACAAUAUCCUAUGAGUAAAUGGCGAUUCAUCACAUCUGCUGUAUUUGUAGAGUAUAUUAUAGUGUCCAGAACUACUCUCUGUUGUCUACUGAGUGUGGAUUUGAACUGAAGCUGAUGUAGCUCACUGGCCAAAAAGAUUUCCAUAUAUUUUUACAUAUAUACUGUAUAUAUUUGAUUCCAUAUAUGCAGCUGCAUGUUGCGUGCUACACUAGCUUCCCCUCUUUCUCUGUCUCUUUCGGUGCGCCUUAUAUCAAGUUUUCAUCAACAACUGAAGCUCAUCUUAUUUCUUUGAGCCAUUCUUUGGUAUACAGCUUUAUCUUUGCAGUCCCCAAAUACACUGGCUUACUUUUUUCAUAUUUCCCAUCAUCGGAACACUGCACACAUAUGAAAAAAGCUGCUUUGUUUGUUUGUUGUUUGAGGUUUUGGAAGUCAGCAAGACAUGAUAUCCAGAUUAUAUUAGAUUAUAUAAUGUUUGCAUUAGGAGUAAAGGGAAGAAUUCUGGGCAGUCGAAAUGUAUCUAAAACCACAACGAAAACUAGAAAAUAUUGAUUUAUGUUGGAUCGGAUUCAAGCUCUUUGACGUGUACUGAUGAUGCAUUUACACUCGCUUUGUCGCAUAUCACAGAAACAUUUAUCAACAGCAAACCACCAUCCAGAAAAUGCUUUUUUUGUGACACUGAGAGAGGAUAUGCUGUAGCUGCUCGCAUCAAAAGCUUGAAAAUGUGCUGCGUUUUAAUCCUUUUAAAAUAAUUUUGCGCUAGUAAUGUUAUUUCAGCAGUUGUUUACAACAGAGAAGCCUCACAGGCUAGUAUUGAUGUACAUUUCAAGUUUUAAUGGGUCAUAUUUUUGGGAUAAGUUUGGGUUUUGUGCAUGGGUCUGUUUGGUUCAGGUAAUGUAAUCUGGGUUUGUUACACGUUGGAAAAUGAAUUUUUAACCUGUGAGUAAAUCCAUUUGACCUCAGUGAGGACUCCUUACUUGGUUUCCUAAAAGAAACUACACGCUACAGAUCUAAAAAAAAUAAUUUUUUUUAUAUACACGAUAAAGGUUAGGCAUAAUGAAACUCAAAAGGGUGGACUGGCCCUUUAAAAAGCUCAUUUCUUUCAAAUGGAAAUGGUUCAGAAUAGAGGUGCAGAUGGCAAGCAGUUGUGCAGAUCGCCUGAAUUAAAUCAGUCCUUAUUUCCGCUUCAGACAAGCAGGAACGGGUCUGUUUCACCUCAUGGCCACCCUUGUGUCACCAUAUGCCCCAUAUCUGCUCAGUUUUGCUGACAGGACUUGCCUGGUCUGGGACUGUGGACAUAAGGAAAGCUACCAAAUCCUUAUUUAUUGAUAGUCACUGUGGAUUUCGCUGUAACCUAUGACUUGUUGCAAACAUAUUUGUCCCCCAACAUUUAUUUAAUUUUUCCACAUUUAGCAAUAUCAUGAACAUUUCAUGGAGAUCUAUUCCAUUUUAUUACCUUUUUUUCUGCUUCUUUUUGAUACAUGGAAAUGGAAAUACUGGAAAUAAUUGUCCUUAUUAUUGUAUUACAUGAAAUGCAUUUGGUGUACUACUAGUAAAUGAAAGGUGCUUUCUUCUUGGUGGCUAAUUAAGUAUUCCUGCUUUGAAAUAACAUCAUUGUACAUCGCAGAAUGUGAAUAAUGAUUACUAAUAUAGUUGAGAAUAUAUUUAU